AUGCCUUCAUCCCCACCCCUUCCAAUCGAGGUUGUAGAGCGUAUCAUAGGCUUCUAUCAUGAAACUAUGCUAUGUACUCCUGGUGAUACAACAAACAAGUCUCUGACAUUGAACUUUGCUACUCUCAAGUCUUUGAACCUAGAACCUGGUUCAAUGCCCAAUUUAAAUCAUUUAUGGGUGGCAACUCAUUGCCAGAACGUCAAUGCUAUCGACCACUUCUGUCAAACAGUAGGCCAUGGUAUCAAGUUGUUAGAGUAUUCAUCAUCAAGCCUGGCUGAGCAUACAGCAACAACAAUACUGGAGUUGGUGGACACUUUGCAGGGCCUCUUUGUCCAUACUAUUCCUACCUCUAUCCAAGAUUAUGUUUGUCCUGACGCAACAUCCGAACCCCCUGUCAACAGAACUUUAUUGAGGAACUUGAAAGUGAUUUGGAAAAUGGAUUUGAAAAAUUAUAGUAAUCCCAAAAUGGAGGCAAUGGCCCAUGGAUGGUACAUGGUUUGA